CGAACUUCGUUUCCAUCGCCACUAAAACAAAGAGUCUGCGGAGCAUCCAAAGCAACAAAUCAAGCAGCCAAAACCGCAUCAUAUAAAAGCCGAUCCUUCUCCCUUCCUCCUAUUUUCGUUUCUGGCGACACUCUUCAGCUCAUCCUCGUCUUCAUUUCCUUCGGUCAUCGCCAUUCGGAGGUUCGCCGGAGCUCUCAUGGCCGCCGCCACCACCGGUUCGCCCCUCGCGUUCAAAUCCGCCGCAAUCGCCGAGAAGUCCGGACUUUCUGGCCGCCGGCUCGUCGCUCCAUUCCGGCAUUACUGUCGAGUCGUAUCGGGAUCGUACCCCCUGCGAGCUCGUCUCGGCUCGCAAUGCAGAUCGAGAUCUUCCUUUGCCUCGUCCGGUGUUAGAGCUCAGAUUGUCACAAUUGAACAAUCAAAGGCUGAAACAGCAAAAAAAAUGGAAGCUCCUGUUGCUAUUGUAACUGGAGCCUCAAGGGGCAUUGGUAGAUCAAUUGCAUUAGCCCUGGGGAAAGCUGGUUGUAAGGUCAUGAUUAAUUAUGCUAGGUCAUCAAAGGAGGCUGAAGAAGUUUCCAAAGAGAUUGAAGCAUGUGGUGGUCAAGCCAUUUCUUUUAGGGGAGAUGUUUCGAAAGUAGAAGAUGUUGAAUCAAUGAUUAAAACUGCAGUUGAUGCAUGGGGAACUGUUGAUGUAUUGAUAAACAAUGCAGGAAUUACUCGGGAUGGUCUGUUAAUGAGAAUGAAACCGUCUCAAUGGCAGGAUGUUAUUGAUCUGAAUCUCACAGGUGUAUUCCUUUGUACACAGGCAGCAGCCAAGAUAAUGAUGAAGAAGAAAAAGGGCAGGAUAAUCAAUAUAGCAUCUGUUGUUGGCCUGGUUGGCAAUGUUGGGCAAGCCAACUACAGUGCUGCAAAAGCUGGAGUAAUUGGCCUGACAAAGACAGUUGCAAAGGAGUACGCAAGUAGAAGUAUUAAUGUAAAUGCUGUUGCACCGGGAUUCAUUGCUUCUGAUAUGACUGCCAAGCUUGGGGAAGACAUUGAGAAGAAAAUUUUGGAGACCAUCCCCUUAGGAAGGUAUGGCCAACCAGAAGAAGUUGCUGGACUGGUGGAAUUCUUGGCCCUCAAUCCAGCAGCCAGCUACAUUACUGGACAGGUUUCAAAACUUUUUUCAUUUUGGCAUUCUCAUUGUCCUGCAAGUUUAAGACUGCUGAACAAAACUGUCACAAGGAGCUGCGAAUCCCAUAUUUUGGCUGCAUUUCAUUUGUUGAAUUGUGUGAAUAAUGCAAAAGUUCCUAACAAAGCAUAGCCAUUGUUUAAUCCAAUUCCUGGCCGCACUUACCUUGUGUCUGGAUACUAGAGUUUGGUCAUUAGAUUUGGGUAUGCAAGGAUUUAGUUAAAAUACAGUAUAAAAUUGUAUUGAGUUUUGAUCAAAUUCAUACGAAUCCAAACCCAAGAGCUCCCAAACACGGCCUUUAAUGGGAUUGAGAUUCCAUGUUACAGUGAGUUUGUGGUCUCACCUGUUCUGGUGAUUUCAUCAUAAUGUGUACUCAAACUUGAUACCAAUUGGUGACUUGCAGGUUUUCACAAUUGACGGGGGAAUGGUAAUGUAGGUCAGCUGUCAAUCUUGAAUAGCGUUCUUGAGCCUCAGAUUGCAAACUAGUGAUGUUGGAAACCACAGCUCAGUUGUGAUGUAUGACCAGUUUAGCUGAACCUCUUAGGAGGCUGUUUUUAGCUUAAAGCUAAAUUAAUGACAGAUGCUGAGGUUGAGUUUAAUAGAAUUUCAGUUGAAUGUGUUGGAAUUAAAUCAAACAAGGGUUAUGUAAUGCUGUUUAUUUAUUUUUUUAGGCUACAUUUUGGCAACCUCUUUGGAGGCUGUUUUUAGCUUAAAGCUAAAUUAUUGACGGAUGCUGAGGUUGAGUUUAAUAGAAUUUCAGUUGAAUGUGUUGGAAUUAAA